AUGGAUUCCAGAUUUCAGCAGGCAACAACUCUUCACAUCAUUAUUUUCCUACAGAUAAUUCAUUCGGUCACAGACCACCAUAAAAUUAGUCCUCCUGACAACCCUGCCAUUGGAGUCAUUGGAAAAGGAGUCAUCCUGCCCUGUCAGCUGACAGUUAAGAUAAUCCCUGAGAGACUUUCCAUUCAGUGGAUAUUUACUGGAAACUCCAAAACAAUUGAUGUGACCACUUAUGAUGGAAAAAACACAUACAAUCCAGUUCAUGAGGAUAAGACAUAGCAGGGCAGGACAAAUUUUUUUCAGUUUGAAUUUACUAAGGGAAAUGUGUCUCUACACCUGAAAAAUGUCAUGCUCUCAGACAAGGGGAAAUAUAUCAGCAGUGUCUUUUUUGAGAAUUGGUAUGAUGAAGUGGUGGUUGACCUGGAUGUGGCAGCUAAUGGCAAUGAGUCUUCAGUUUUCCUGGAUGGUCAUGUGGGUCAGGGCAUCAGCCUCACCUGCAAGUCACAGGGAUGGUUUCCAAAGCCCAAAGUAGUUUCGCUGAACAGCAAAGGAGAGACACGGAAGGAGGAAGUGACCACCCAAAGCACAAAGACUUCUUCAGGCAUUUUUUAUGUUUUAAGUUCCAUGAAUUUCGAACCAGGAUCUGACAAGGAAGUCUCCUGCAGAGUAGUCAAUAACCUACUCAAUGCAAUGUGUGAAUCCUGAGUCCUGAUUUCAGAUAUCUUCUUUCCUUCCACUUCACCUUGGAUGAUGGCCUUCCUUGUAAUUUUAUUUCUUAAUGCAGCUGUUAUUGCAGCUAUAGGUUACAAACUAAACAUUCCUAUUACUGUGAAUGCUGACUGCCGAGUCCUGGAGCUCCAGGUGCCAGGGGCAUCCCCAAACGUGGAGAGCAACGUGUCUGAACCUGCUGGCCCGAACGCUCCCUCCACAGUCCCUGUCCUGGUGGGGAAGGAAGGGUUUGCAGCUGGGAAACACUACUGGGAGGUGGAGGUGGGCCAGCAGCCGGACUGGGUGGUGGGGGUGGUGAGGGAGAAAGGGAGACAGGAGGAGGACGGGACCCUUCCUGGGGAGGACUACUGGGCUCUGCACAGGUCCCAGGGAGAGAUUUUCUCUAGCGAAGGAGACCGCAGGAUUGAGAAGCAGCAGAUGAGUAAUUCAGUGAUUGGUGUGCUUCUCGACUUGGAGGAAGGGCAAGUGAACUUUUAUGAAGCAAAGCAGAUGGACAUCAUGGUGAGAAUGCCCCUAAGGCUCGGAAAGGAAUCUGCAGAAAAGUUUUACCCAUUUCUGUCCAAAAGGGAAGGGACACUUAGGCCUCUUAUCCACACGGUCUUAAUCCCUGUGCCUUUGGAGACACUGUAAAAGGAAAUUUUGAAUCAAAGUUCUCUGCCAAGAGGUCAGGGUUGAGAGGAGGAGAGACUAGAAUGGCUUAGGA